AAGAAAACAAAACAAAAAAGGAACACAAGUUAGCGUAAUCGCACCAACACCCGCACCAUCGUUUACGCGGUGUCGGUGACAUCCCCCAAUUCUUUCUCUCAAUCACACAUCUCCCUUUGCUAUCAUAAUUUUUAUUUUCUGUAUCAUAAUUCUUUCAAUUUUUUUAGUUUUAGUUUUGUUUUGGAAUAAAAUAAAUCCGAUUCAGAUCAACCGGAUCGGAUCCUAAAAAAAAUGGCGGCAUCAAGGCGGCUCCGAGACCUCCAAUCGCAACCAGGAAACAAGAUCUGCGUUGAUUGCUCGCAAAAGAAUCCACAAUGGGCCUCCGUUUCCUAUGGAGUCUUCAUGUGUUUAGAAUGUUCGGGCAAACACCGGGGGCUCGGUGUUCACAUAUCCUUCGUCCGAUCCGUAACCAUGGACUCGUGGUCCGAAAUCCAGAUCAAGAAAAUGGAAGCCGGUGGUAACGAAAAGCUAAACGCUUUCUUAUCUCAAUAUGGAGUCCCUAAAGAAACAGACAUCGUCGCUAAAUAUAACACUAACGCCGCUAGUGUUUAUCGUGACCGUAUCCAAGCCCUAGCCGAGGGUAGACCUUGGCGGGACCCACCUGUUGUUAAAGAAACGAUUGGUAGCACUAGCAGCAAGAAAAAGCCUCCGUUGGGUCAAUCAGGUGGUAAUAAUGGAGGGUGGGAUAGUUGGGACAAUGAUGAUUCGUAUAGAUCUUCGUCUAAUGAUAUGAGAAGAAAUCAGUCAGUCAGUGAUUUUAGGGGCAAUAAUGGGAAUGGAGCGGGAGGUAUGCCAGUUAGGUCGAGAUCGACUGAGGAUAUGUAUACUAGAUCUCAAUUAGAAGCAUCUGCCGCUAAUAAAGAGAGUUUUUUUGCUAGAAAAAUGGCUGAGAAUGAUUCACGCCCUGAAGGUCUUCCGCCUUCACAAGGUGGCAAGUACGUUGGAUUUGGAUCCGGUCCUGCUCCUUCCAAUAGGAAUAUUAAUAAUAAUUCUCAACCAGAUGUUUUCUCUGUUAUGUCUCAGGGGUUUGGUAGGUUAUCUCUUGCUGCUGCAUCUGCGGCUCAGUCAGCUGCAAGUGUUGUCCAAGCUAGCACGAAAGAGAUUACUUCUAAGGUGAAGGAAGGUGGCUAUGAUUACAAGGUAAAUGAGACUGUCAAUGUUGUUACUGCAAAAACAACAGAGAUUGGUCAGAAGACGUGGGGGAUUAUGAAGGGGGUUAUGGCUAUCGCCUCGCAGAAGGUUGAGGAGUAUGCUAAAGAAGGCGGCUGGCAAAGAAAUGAAAGCGAAAGUAAUGGAUAUUAUCAAGAGUUCAACAAGCAAGAAAAUAAAGGAUGGAAUUCAUCAUCUGCUGGAGGACAAUCCUCGUCAAGUGGGCAUUACAAUUCUUAUAGCUCGAAUUCUUGGGAUGACUGGGAUCAGAAAGACACUAGGAAGGAAGAUAGCAUUAAAGUCACUGGAUCACAUAAUAAUGAUGGUUGGGCAGGAUGGGAUGAUGCCAAGGAUGAAGGAUUUGAUGACAAUUUUUAUCAGAGUGCACCAGACAAGAAAGCUGUUGGUCACAAUGGGAAAUCAGAUGCCACAUGGACAGGCGGAGGCUUUCUUUAAGGUAAUUUUGCAUUACAUGCUUGCCAACACCCUGGUUGACACUCAUAUGAUUGGUAGUGCCGAAACCAAUGGCAACUGGUUAUGAUGCUGUAUUGGUGGAUUUGGAUUUAUGCUGAAAGCAGCUGAUAAUAGAAGUGUUGCUCGCAUAUUAUCAGAUCUGUGAAUGGGGAAAGCAUUUUGUGGAUGUUGGUAUAUUUUCUGCAACUCCUUUCUUUUUUUUUUUUUUUUUUUCAUUUUUAUCCUUUUUCAGUAAUUUUUAAAAAAAUUUAUGUACUUCUUUUGGAAAGUCUUUGUUUGUCGAGAUUAGGUCAUUUAUGUACAACUUUGAACAGGGAGGGCUAAUUGCCCGAUCGAAGAGGACCAAAUUAUCUGUUUGAUCAAACAUUAUUUGUGACUUGAAAAAUCAAAUUCCUGUUAUAUUUGUAA